AUGUGUCAUGUCUGUAACAAUCAUGUUGAGACCACCACACAUGCCUUGCUCACAUGUGAUUUCGCUAGCUCUUGUUGGUCUUCUUUCGAGGCAUCUUUUAGUAUGGCCACAUUGUCCUCUUUUGGUAACUGGUUUGAGUAUAUGCAGCAGACUUUCGAUGUUGAGCAGGUUUGUCGUGCUACUAUGGUUUGUUGGGCGGUCUGGAAAGCCCGAAAUGAAACUGUUUGGGAAAAAAAAACCUCCUCUGUCGAAGAGGUUAUUACAUCAGCUUCUGUCACUCUUAAUCAUUGGCGAAAGGCUCAGGAUAAAACAACCUUAUUAUCACUGUCGUUAGAAAACAAUGGUGCUCGGUCUGAGUUUUGGAUUAAACCAGGAACGAAUCAAAUCAAGAUAAAUGUUGAUGCAACGCUUUUUCAACAGGAAAGUUCGUAUGGUUUUGGAUUAGUGGCAAGGGAUAGCUCGGGCAGACUUAUAGAAGCAAAGACAUGCUAUCAAGGAGGAGUCUUUCCAGAUGAGGUUGUUGAAGCCAUGGGAAUUAAGGAAGCUCUUAGUUGGAUCAAGAGCAAGAAUUGGCAUAACGUAGAGAUUGAGACCGAUAGUAUGCUUUCUGUUCAGAGCAUUCGUAGUAAUCAAAUCAUGUCUUCUAUUUUUGGUUUGCUUAUUCAGGAUUGUCAAAUUUUGUUAUCUUCUCUACAUAAUGUGCAUGUACGUUUUAUUAGGCGAUCAGCAAAUCGAGUAGCACAUGUUGUUGCUAGACACUCUCGAUUUCUUUCUGGUUGUAGCAUUUUUGAGCAUAAUGUUUGGACUGAUUUACAAUCUCUAUUGUAUUCAGAAUGCUAA